ACAUGCUAAUAAAGCUAACUGAAAUGUAACUGGGUCAUAAAGGUCAUAAAAUAAUCACAUGGAAGUCCAGUAUAUAUAUGGUCCACCAACUUCCUCCCACUGCAGAAAUAGAGAAAUAAGGGUUUUGUGUGUGUGUGUGUGUGUGUGUAUGUGGGUGUGUGUGGGUGGAGACAGUUGCUACAUUUACUACAGAUAUUGAAUUUCUAAAAUACUGUUUAAUUUCCUUUUUUCUUUUCACCUCUGUCGUUGGUGUCAUGUAUGAACCUGUUCACAAUGAUAAAAAUGAAGGAUACUGAGGGAGUGAUGAUCAGAGAAUUUUAAGUGUGAAGUGUUUUAGCAUCACAUCACUGUCCUGAAAAACGGAGCCUUGACUGGCAUAAACUACUUGUACAGACAAAGGUACUUUAAACAACAAUCAACUUUUUGUUUUUAUUUCAACUGGACAAUUUUGAUCAUAAAAGCUCCUGUGACAUAAUGCAAGAAAAUCUGAUAUCAAUGAGUAACAACUCAACAUGUAUUCAACCAUCCAUGAUCUCUUCCAUGGGUUUACCAGUCCUUUAUAUCUUCCUUUGUAUCAUUGGUCUCUUUGGAAAUUCUCUUGCUCAAUGGGUAUUUUUAGCAAAAAUAGGUAAGAAAACAUCAACUCACAUCUACCUAACACAUCUUGUGACUGCAAACUUACUUGUGUGCAGUGCUAUGCCUUUCAUGGGUAUCUAUUUCCUCAAAGGCUUUCAAUGGGAAUAUCAAUCAAUACAAUGCAGGCUGGUCAAUUUUUUUGGAACUCUAUCCAUGCAUGUAUGUAUGUUUGUCAGCCUCUUAAUUUUAAGUUGGAUUGCAAUAAGCCGCUAUGCCACCUUAAUGAAAAAGGAUUCCAUACAAGAGACCACAUCAUGCUAUGAGAAAGUAUUUUAUGGCAAGUUACUGAAAAGAUUCCGCCAGCCCAACUUUGCAAAAAAACUAUGCGUUUACAUAUGGGGAGUUGUACUAGGCUUAAUUGUUCCAGUUAUCAUAUACUACUCAGCUGUGGAGGCUACAGAAGGAGAAGAGAUCAUGUGCUAUAACCGGAAUGUGGAAUUAGGAGCCACGAUCUCUCAGAUUGCAGGCCUCAUUGGAACCACAUUUACUGGAUUUUCAUUUUUAGUUGUACUGACGUCAUACUACUCUUUUGUCAGUCAUCUGAAAAAAAUAAGAACCUGUACAUCCAUUAUGGAGAAAGAUUUGACUUACAGUUCUGUGAGGAAGCAUCUUUUGGUCAUCCAGAUUCUACUAAUAGUUUGUUUCCUCCCAUUUAGCAUUUUUAAACCCAUUUUUUAUGUUGUACACCAAAGAGAUAACUGUAGGCAACUGAAUUAUUUAAUUGAGAUAAAAAACAUCCUCACCUGUCUUGCAUCAGCCAGAAGUAGCACAGACCCCAUUAUAUUUCUUUUUUUAGAUAAAACAUUUAAGAAGACAAUAUGUAAUCUCUUUAAAAAAUCUGAUUCAACACAUAUACAAUCCUGUGGUUGACCUCUGAAUGGAAAAAACCACCAAAUAUAAAAGUGUCCAUAUGACUCUACUGGGGACACUAAACUACAAGAUCAACAGGUCACAGCUCGGCUGAUAAUAGGAACCAAGAAAUCCUCUUUGGUUUAAAAAAUAAAUAAUCACAAACUCACUUUACAGUUCCACUUAUAAUGAAGGUUGAGAUGGAAGAGACUGAACAGAGGCAAAAGUCAAGCAUACUGAAAGGAUCCCACUGCACAUGAAGCUAAGAGACAAUAUUCUAUUUAAAUUCAAUUGUGGAUGCUUCUAUUCAGAAUACAGUAUUUUGUGACUGUAGGAUAAAGAAGCAAAUGGUAUAUGACUUUUCUACUUUCUAGUAGUUAGAAUACAAGGGUCAACCUAUGAAUACUGUUUUGUUGGUAACUUUAAGAGUGAGUAAAACAAAAAAGUGAAUAUGAAAUUUCUUCAAUUAAGUCCUGUCUAAAUGUAUGACUGAUACAAAGUAAGAAUCCAUGGUUUUAUAAAUGCAGUUAUUUAUUUGGUAUAAUCUAGCUAAUGUUACUAGGAGAAGAAAUAGUCAUUGAUUCUGGUAUUUAUUAAGCAGAUGUUAUUUAUAAAUAUGCUUAAAUAUUUGGAUUAGGCUUUGUCAAAUAAAAAGUUAAUACAAUGUCAUUAUACACGAAUCUCCAUUACAUUUAGUAUAUUUUCCUAUGCAUUUAAUAUGAUGUUAUUAAUGACAAAUAGUUCUUGGCAUGUAGGUAUGUUUGAUUUAUUUUUGUGAAAUAAAUGAAUGAAUGAUAAAACAGUAUGAUAGCAUCACUGCUGAGAGACUGGUCUCUGGAGCUGGAGUCCCUGGGUUCAAUCCUAGCUCGACCUCUUAUUUAGCUGGACAGUCAUAGGCAACUUACCCUCUUUAAGUGUUAAUUUCUUCAUUUGUGGAACAGAAAAACACUACAUAAUUCAUAGGUACUAUUAUUAAAUCAGAUGAUGUUAUUGUUAUGAAUAGCUACCAUUUACUAAGCAAUUGCUAUGUGUCAGGCAUUCUUUUUCUAUGCUUUAUAUGUAUUAUUUAAAUCAUCACAACCUUAAAGUAUGUCAAUUUAAUGAUGAAAAACUGAAGCCCAAAAUUUCUCCAAUAUCUAAGUAAAUAUUUAAAUAGUAAGCAUUUCUCAAUGGUUAUUUCUUUCUUCCAUAUAAUCCUGUCAGACAAAUGAUGAUGACUGUAUUCUGUAUC